CUGCAAGCUAGUAAUAUCGCAGACUACAUAGAUAUCUAGAGUGUAGCGAUUAUUCGACUGUAAAAUGCUAAAAUGUUUAAUGAUUUUUUGCAGCAUAUUACAAUUAAACUUUUUAUUCGCUGAAGCUUUUGAUUUUCAAUUUCAUCCUGAUAGCAGGUUGUCUAUAACUCAGACCUUAACAAAAUACGGCUAUCCAGUUGAAACCCAUCACGUAGUUACCGAAGACGAUUAUAUUAUUACGAUAUUCAGAAUACCACAUGGCAAAAAUUCUACAAAAACUCAUAAAUAUCCAGUAAUAUUGGUACCAGGAACGUGCGGCUGCUCAGAAAACUUUAUCGCAGCUGGUAUAGACCAUGGUAUAGGUUACUAUUUAUCGGAUAGAGGAUUUGAUGUCUGGUUGACAAAUACCAGAGGAAACCUCCACGCUAACAAGCAUAAGACAAUGGACCCUGAGAAAGAUAGAAAAUUUUGGAAUUUUGGGUGGCACGAAGUCGCUAUUUAUGAUACAACAGCUCUAGUAGAUUAUAUUUUGAAUGUCACCAACGCCUCUCAAGCAUUUUAUAUCGGGCAUUCACAAGGCACCACUUCUUAUUUUGCAUUUGUUGCAGAGAAACCAGAGUACAAUAAAAAAAUUAAAUUAGCUGUUCAUCUUGCGCCAAGUGUAAUAUAUAGAAAAUUUAGGAGUCCUGCCGUUUUUUUGGGAAAGCAUUCAAGUUUAAUUGAGAAAAUUACGAAAGCAUUAGAUUUUCAUUAUUUGUUUCCAAAACCAAUUAGUAUGUUCCUGAAUUUUCUACUUAAAACAUUAUGUGCAGAGAUGACAAUAUUCGUGGAUAUAUGCUAUAUGAUUCUUUAUUUUGGAGACUAUUCCAAAUCUAAUUUGAUAGAACCGAAAAAUGUUCAAAUGAUUAUGCAGACUGUUCCUGCCGGAUGUUCAGUGAAGGAGUUAGUACAUUAUUUUCAAAUUGUACAUUCAGGUUUAUUUGCCAAAUUUGAUUACGGACCUAAAGGAAAUAUAAAGAAAUAUGGAACACACACACCACCGUUGUAUAAUCUUUCUAAUGUAUUGGCUCCUGUAAGUCUAUUUGUAGCAAACAAAGACAAUUUAGUUCCCUUGGAAGGAGUACGGGAUCUUAUCACCAUGUUACCAAAUGUUGAGUCCGUAAAUGAAAUUCUGAUAGACUCCUUUAACCAUGUGGACUUUAUUUUUAGUAGCAUUACUACACAAUACAUCAAUGAACCAGUUAACCAAUUGUUUAUGAAAUAUUUAAAAAAAUAA